AUGAACCCGGAGCCGAGGACUGCUCUGGUCUAUGAUGAGGAGAUGACAAAGUACAAGCUGCUCUGGGUGGACCCAGCGUGUAAGAUCGAGGUCCCUGAACGCCUCACGGUCAGUCACGAGGCGUUGGUCACGUCAGGUCUGGCUCGUCGCUGUGUCUCUGUCUCUGUGCGAGAAGCAACGGAUGAAGACAUUCUACUGGUUCACAGUGAGGAGUAUCUGGAGGCAGUGAAACAGACGCCGCACAUGACUCUGGAAGACCUGCAAACGUUUACACUACAAUACGGGGACGUCUACUUCCACCCUAACAUCUAUCACUGCGCUAAACUGGCCUCAGGAGCCACUUUGCAGCUGGUGGACAGUGUACUGACCGGGACGGCGAGGAACGGGAUGGCUUUGGUCAGGCCUCCAGGACAUCACAGUCUGCGAAGUGCUGCCAACGGUUUUUGUGUGUUCAACAAUGUCUCAAUAGCUGCAAAAUACGCAAAGAAAAAAUAUGGCCUUAAAAGGAUAUUGAUAGUCGACUGGGACGUGCAUCAUGGUCAAGGAGUACAAUACUGCUUCGAGGAGGAUCCAAGUGUGCUGUACUUCUCCUGGCACCGCUAUGAGCAUCAGAAGUUUUGGCCUAACCUAAAAGAGUCAGAUUAUGACUCUGUGGGCAAAGCACAAGGAGCUGGCUUCAAUAUAAAUGUACCAUGGAACAAGGUGGGCCUGGAGAACAGUGACUACCUUUCUGUUUUCCUACACAUACUUCUGCCUGUUGCGUAUGAAUUUGGUCCUGAGCUGGUGUUGGUUUGUGCUGGGUUUGACACUGCCAUCGGUGAUCCAGAGGGUGAGAUGUGUGCCACACCGGACGUCUUUGCCCACCUCACUCACCUGCUGAUGAACCUCGCAGAUGGAAAAGUGUGUGCGGUUUUAGAGGGAGGUUAUAAUUUAAAAUCACUCCCACAGUCUGUGUGUGAGACUGUGCAGACGCUGCUCGCAGAUCCAUUACCUCGACCUGUAAACCUGAGAGGCCCCUGCAAAAGUGCUCUUGAGUCUCUUCACUGUGUCCGGGCCUCUCACCAAACUCACUGGUCCUGUCUACAGCACGCAGCCGAUCUUCCCUCUGAACUCAGCACCAAACGAGUCAAAUUAGCAGAAGAUGAAACUGUCGCGGUAAAGAACGACGAAGAGAAAGAGACGGAGGAGAAACAGAGGGAGGAGCUGACGUGGCCGGAGCCUCCCAAGCGCAUCAGUCCUAAAGUCCGGACUGCUGCGGUGGUCCCUGAAGGCCUCACAUGUCCAGAGGGCUGUCAGCGUUUCUGCCCACCCAAGGACCCGGACCCCCACGUCGUCAAACUAGCGGAAAGUGGGGCCGAAGACACGGAGGACACAGGUGCUUUAACGCUCUCCAGUGUCACUGCUCUUUUGGACCAGAUGGAGAGGAACGAGAUCCGCAGUGGCCUGGCUCUGGUCCCUGACGUCUCCAUGGCGAUGAGCGGUAUCGCUGACCACGCUGCGAGAGCCUCCUGCAGCCGCGUGUUGAUAGUGGUUCUGAGUGAUAAGCAGGAAAAAGUCUGGGCGACAGAGGAUGGGAAAACUCUGCUUGUCCAGUUCAGCAGGACGAGUUUUGAGCCAGAGAUGACCAAAUAUUACAUCCCUGUGUGUUUGCAAAAGGGCUGCGGUGACGUCUCCGGCCUCAUGCUCGCCGUGUUGACCCUUCUGUUGCCUCUGGGAUACGAGUUCGACCCUGGUCUGGUCCUGUUGGUCCGAUGUGCCGGCUGCGGCGUGAGUGAACAGGCGUGGCAGCAGCUGGUGGGCCUGGUGCAGGGCCUGGCUCAGGGGCACGCGCUGGUCCUACUGCAGGACAAUGACGAGUCGGCUGUAGCCUCCACGGCGUCUUCUCUCCUGGGACGUCCCGCUCCGUCCUUGGGGCCCCUCUCAGCUCGCAGCUCGACAGACGUCAAGGCCCUGGAAAAACUGAGAGUCCAGCUGCAGCGAGACUGGAAACUCCUGCAGACCGCAGUUUCUGAAGGAGAGAGCGGAGACGACGGCUGA